AUGCUUGUUUCCUUCCUCAUCUUUUUCAUUCUGGAAGAGUUUUGUGGAGAUGCUCGAAUUCCCACCUCAUUCAAUUUACUGAUCUCCUUCAAGUAUAAUUGCCCAGCUGACAAUAGACAUUCGAGUUUCUGUGAUAACUCUUCUAGAGCUGACGGCGGAUCUAAUUCAACCAAGGAUUUCAAGACGUUAUCAUUGAAAUUUCCAGGUCGUCUUGAUUUUGGCCAACUCGAUACCUCAUCUAGCUUCUGGACAGACACCUGUGAAAGAAGAGGAGAUCUGUCAAGGGUCCAGGACCAAAUGGAACUCCCCUCGAACGAGGACUCCAGUUCUGUCUUUCUUACUCCCAAGAAGAAGCCGAAAAUACUAUUUGAAGAACUGGAGGAUGAGGAGGGAGAGAGCAAGGAGAAUGCCCACGUUGCUUUACCAACAAAGACGGCUCCAAUCAAAGAAACCAAGCCCAGUCCACCGAAGGCUUCAAAAUCAAAGGUAGUUAAGCCUAGAAAGCCGAAGGUCGCACCAAAAGUUCAGCUGAAAAAUCAGCCUUCCAUUCUCGGUUACUUUAACCCAAAAUCGAGUUGA